UCUUGUCCUCAAUACUUUUCCUCGCUAUGACUCAAUGUCUUGAAGGUACUGUACGCAAGUCUCUCGGCGUUAACUUCGCCGGGGAGACCCGCGAGGGAGGUGCGAUGUUCAUAGUCGACUGUGUUGUCGAGGGGAUCAAAGGGAGCAACAACGUAACUUUUACUCCUAUAGCAUCUUCAGUAGAACCAAUCGGUGUUCUCAGAGUCUCUUUGCCUGGGGAGACCAUCCCACUGCUUUGUGCGUCAUACUAAUUU